AGUUGUCGAGGAUGAUAUCAAGUGUCUGAGAGGAGUCAAGGACUCGCUUACGAAGGAUGGCGGCGACCCAGAAGGGAAGCUGAGCUCAUGGAAUUUCUCCAACUCCUCGGUCGGAUUUAUUUGCCAGUUCGUCGGAGUAACUUGCUGGAACGACCGGGAGAAUCGGGUGUACACCCUUGAACUACGGGAUAUGGAGCUGUCGGGACAGGUUCCCAACUCCUUAGAGUACUGUGGGAGUUUGCAGAACUUGGAUCUCUCGACGAACAACCUAUCCGGUACGAUCCCGACGGGUAUAUGUUCCUGGCUGCCUUAUGUAGUAAGCCUGGACCUGUCCAACAAUGAUCUGUCGGGUGAGAUCCCUCCCGAUCUGGCAAACUGUGCUUACUUGAAUAAGUUGAUUUUGUCAAAUAAUAGUCUUUCCGGGACGAUUCCGUACCAACUGUCCAGUUUGGGAAGGUUGAAGGCGUUUUCGGUGGCCGAUAACAAGCUGAGGGGGCCUGUUCCACCGUUUUUAAAUAGUUAUGAUAAGGCGGAUUUUGAAGGGAACGAUGGGCUCUGCGGCGGGCCGCUUGGGAAGUGCGGUAGGUUGAGCAAAAAGAGUCUGGCGAUUAUAAUCGCGGCUGGGGUGUUUGGUGCGGCAGCGUCGUUGUUGUUGGCUUUCGGGGUUUGGUGGUUUUACCAUCUGCGGCAGAUGAAGCGGCGGCGAGGAGGGUAUGUGAUUGGGAGAGGCGAUGAUGGCAGCUGGGUAGAAAGGUUGAGGGCUCACAAGCUCACCCAAGUUUCCUUAUUUCAGAAACCGCUUGUCAAAGUAAAAUUGGCGGAUUUAUUAGCGGCGACCAACAAUUUCCAUGCAGAGAACAUCCUACUCUCAACGAGAACAGGGACGACCUACAAGGCGAUGCUUCCUGAUGGGUCGUCGCUGGCAAUUAAGAGGCUGAAUAGUUGCAUGCUCGGGGAGAAGCAGUUCCGGUUGGAGAUGAAUCGAUUGGGGCAGCUCCGGCACCCCAAUUUGGCACCUCUUUUAGGGUUUUGUCUUGUGGAGGAUGAAAAACUCCUGGUUUAUAAGAACAUGUGUAAUGGGACUCUGUAUUCCGUUCUACAUAGAAGGGGUGAGAUAUUGGAUUGGCCAACUAGGUUUUCCAUUGGUCUUGGGGCAGCCAGGGGUGUAGCUUGGCUGCACCACGGCAACCAGCCGCCUCUCAUCCACCAGAACAUCUGCUCCAAGCUGAUUCUCAUCGAUGAGGAUUUUGAUGCUAGGAUAAUGGAUGUUGGAUUGGCCAGACUCAUGGCUUCCUCAGAUGAGAGUAGUUAUGUGAAUGGAGAAUUGGGUGAAUUUGGGUACAUAGCUCCAGAGUACUCAAGCACUAUGGUCCCAUCACUCAAAGGAGAUGGAUAUGGAUUAGGGGUGGUGCUUUUGGAGUUGGUAACAGGGCAAAAGCCUUUAGAAGUUGAAACUUCUGAAGACGGAUUCAAGGGUAAUUUAGUGGAUUGGGUGAAUCAUCUUUCUAAUUCCGGUAGAAUCAAGGAUGCAAUUGACAAGGCCAUUUCCGGGAAGGGGCACGAUGAAGAUAUUUUGCAGUUCCUCAAAAUUGCAAUGAAUUGUGUUGUAACCCGGCCAAAAGACAGAUGGUCUGUGUUCCAGGUUUACCAGUCAUUGAGAAACCUAGCUGGUGAACAUGCUUAUUCUGAAGAAUUGGAUGAAUUCCCACUGAUUUUCGCGACAGAGGGUAAUGAAUCCUAGUAAGCUUUCCGAGCUAAAAAAAAAAGGGGAGAAGCUGGCAAAAGGGUAACAUUUCCUUAAAGAAUUAAUUGAUCCCAAUCAUCUUGUUGAUGUAUAUGGUGUGUGGAUUUCCAUUCUCUAGCUGUCUUUCGUUACUUGUUAUUCAUGUUUGUAUUAUACAAUAAGCUUGUUACAAUCUGUAGGUUCCUGAAUCAAGAAAUCUGUUCCUUCACGGCUUCACCCUGUGUUUGACAAUUGACAUUGAAUUGCAACUGAUCAAUGCUCAAAUGUUAGAAUUCCUAGCAUGUUCCAUUGUUUUUAGUCCAAUAUAUUCUAUAUCAAUCC